AUGGUUUCAAACAAGCUAAUUGUGACCUUUGCAAACCUGGCCUUGUUGGUUUUUGUUAAUGCUGGCCCUUGCAAGCCCCAGAGCAUCGUGACAUCUGCCAUUGAAAUUGCCUCUGCCACAGUUGAAUCCGACACUACUACUGCCCUUUCCACUACCAUCGAGACCAGUACUGCGAUCAGUGAGACCGAGACGGCAACCGAGUCAGAGACAACUACCACAUUGACUGAGGAUGGAACAACUCUGAGCACGUCUGCGACCGAGGCAUCAACGACCAUCGCCAUCAGCGGGAGUACGACAGUCGUCAGUAGCAUCGACACUACAUUAGUCACCAGCAGCAAGGCUACUACAGUACCAACCACCACUGAAGGCACGACGACUGUCGCCGAGACUGCAACCACUACAACCGCUGAGGCAGAGCCAACAGAACUUCUCAUCAACGGCAACUUCGAUCUCGGAACAGUAGAUCCCUGGCUAUCGAGAAACGAUGCCAUUCAACUUGGCUCCUCGUCCCCCUACGAAGGUCCAGCCUACGCAGUCCUCCAGUUCGGGAUCUCCGAUGGCGAGUCGUACAACAAUGGAGUCUACCAAAAGAUCGACAAGUCUCUUCUCAAGACAGGCGUCUAUCGUCUCUCUGCUCAGCUCCGAGUCGACUUUGCGACCAAUACACAGUUCGGCGAUGGGUGCAAUGCAAUGGCAGUCGGCUGUUACUAUGGAGACCCUAAUAACAUAGUUCCUGUCCAAGGUGGCUCGGUGACAGUCAGCGCCGACGCUGCUGCUGGGCAAUGGACUCCUCUGGACACUACUUGUUCAAUUACGGAGGAUAAGCUUACCCAGUAUGGCUAUCUUAGUGUUUCUAUUGGAUUUAGCUGCGCCAACGCUGAGGCCAAUGUCGAUGCGGUGACGUUCGAGGAAGUUGUUUAG